ACGAAACGGACGAUGGCGACAGGAUAAGGACUCGCCGCGCCAACGGGCCACCACCCCAAGCACCAUCCACCCCUCCCGGCCAAGUUAGCGCCUUCCCCUCCACUCCACGCAGCCCCACCCCAAGCGCCUCGGCGGCUCGGCCAUGGCGGCGUCGCCCUCCGCUCCGGCGCCCCAGUCCGACCGCGCCGCGCUCCUCAAGGCCUUCGACGAGUCCCGCACGGGCGUCCGCGGCCUCGUCGAGUCCGGCGUCUCCUCCGUCCCCGCGCUCUUCGUGCACCCGGACCCCUACGCCUCCGCGCCCCUCGCGCCCCCGGGCGUCUCCAUCCCCGUCGUCGACCUCUCCCUCCCCGCGACCCUCGCCGCCGCCGCAGCCGCCGAGGCCGCCCGCAGCUGGGGCUUCUUCCACCUCAUCAACCACCACCAGGCCCUCGGCGUCCCCGAGGACUACCCCGCGCGGGCGCUCGCCGCCGUGCGCGCCUUCAACGAGCUCCCCGCCGCCGAGCGCGCCGCGCACUACGGCCGCGCCAUGCCCGGCGGGGUCUCCUACUCCUCCAACGUCGACCUGUUCCAGGCCCCCGCCGCGAGCUGGCGAGACACCAUCCGGAUAGCGUUCGGGCCCGAGAGGCCCGACCCGGCGCGCAUCCCGGCCGUCUGCCGCGACGAGGCCCUCGAGUGGGACGCGCACGCCACCGCCGUGGGGCGCGCCCUGCUGGGGCUCCUCUCCGAGGGGCUUGGGCUCGGGCCUACGAAGCUGGAGGAGGCUUCCUGCCUCGAGGGUAGGGUCAUGAUCUGCCACUACUACCCGGUGUGCCCCGAGCCCGAGCGCACCAUGGGCGUCGUCCCGCACACAGACCCCGCCGUGCUCACCGUCCUCGCGCAGGAUUGUGUGGGUGGCCUGCAGGUGAAGCAAACUGAUGAUGAUGGGGCGAGCUACUGGGUGGAUGUGAACCCUGUGCCCGGUGCGCUUGUAAUCAACGUCGGGGACCUCUUGCAGAUCAUGUCUAAUGAUAAGUACAAGAGUGUCGACCAUCGGGUGAUUAUGAAUACACGCAAAGAAGCAAGAGUUUCAAUCGCAAUAUUUUUCAAUCCUGGUAAAAGAGGGGACUCAGUUUUUUAUGGACCAUUACCAGAGCUGGUUUCUGCAGAUAACCCACCAAAGUACAGGAAUUUUACCAUGUCUGAGUUUCUGGGGACCUUCUUUAGACGAAACCUUUCCAGCAAAGCUCCAGUUGAUCACUUCAAGUUGUAAUACUAGUCGAUGUUUAUUGUUUACUCCCCAAAGGUUCGGAUUUGUAUACACAUGUGGGGUUGUUGUAAUGUAAGGAAACAUUACUGUCUUCCAUUUGAAUUACAGUGGAUGCACUGUUUCCAUGAUGAGGUCAUCAUAUUAUCAAGAGUAAAGUCCAUUUUACCCCCCUAAA